AUGGGGUACACUCUGCCCCUCUUUUGCAUGCAGUUCGAAGCCUUCUGUGCAGGGGGCCUGGCCCCUGGCUGGAGCCUGCUGGUCCAGGGACACUCUGACUCUGGAGAGGACAAGUUUGAGAUCAACUUCCUGUCUGAGGCGGGGGACAUUGCCUUCCACGUCAAGCCCCGGUUCUCCAGCGCCACCCUGGUGGGCAACACCUUCCAGGGGGGCCGCUGGGGCCAGGAGGAAGUGUCCAGCGUCUUCCGGCUGGUGCUGGGGGAGCCCUUUGAGAUGGAGGUCAGCUCAGAUGAGGAGCACUUCCAUGUCCACGCCCAGGAGCACAAGGUGCUGCAGUAUGCACACCGCCACAGGCCACUGGCGGCCAUCACCCGGGUGCAGGUGCUGAGUGACCACCGCCUGGCCCAGGUGGAGCUGGCCAGGAGGGACCUGAGCUGGUGGGAUGGGGGCCACUGAGCUGUGCCCGAAGUCCCCGGAGGGAGCCUCGGCCAUCAACCAUCCCUUGUCCAGUGGAGCCCACGCAGAGGGAGCUGAGGGGAGUGGUCUGUGGUUCUG